AUGGGUCACGAAAUAUUUAUCUUAGAACAAGAAAUCGAUGUUAUCGACAAGCCUCAUAACGGUAGUCCAAUUACUAUGAUGGAAAUAUCACCAAAUGCAAAAUAUAUUAUUACUUAUAGUGAAAAAGACAAAACAAUUGUCGGGUGGAACGUUGAUGAUGAGGAAGGUCAACUUAAACCUGAUUGCACCAUUAAAUCCGAUAAAAUUUUUCGAUUCAAUAAAACUGAGGAAAUCGAUGAGGAAGAUGAAAAAAAAAUAUUUCACAUGUGUGUCUCUGAUGAGAAGAAGCUAGUGCUUAGUUAUGUUGAAUAUGGUUCACAUAUUGAAGGGAUUGGAAGUAAGGAUAUACAUGAAUACUUGAAAAUAAUUGAUAUGAAGAAUCAAAAUCAAGAAACGGAGUUAUAUUUUAAAUUUAUAAUUGAUCGAUUUUAUUGUAGCUUUAAUUCAAAAGGGGAAUUCAUUUUAUAUAAUAUAAUUGAAAAAUCAUUGUCUAUCCCUAUGUUUGGAAAUGACAAGAAAAAAUCGUAUAAUCGUAUAAGUAUUAUUUGGAUUUAUUCAACACAAACUAAAAAGUGGGAGUGUCAAGAGAUUUAUGAGGUACCUCAAGGAGUGGAGUUGAUAAACAUAUCACAACAUGAUAAGAUUCGACUGCGUUUAAAUAAUAAUAUAUAUGAACGGAGCAUUAGUGACGAUACAACUAUGUCAAAAUUAUCAAAAAAUUUAUGCGAGAUUAAAUCGAAAGACAUUAAAAUGUCUAGUAAUGAAGGGUUUAUUUAUCUGAAAAUAAACGAUGAAAUUACAGUUUAUUCAACUGAACCGGAGACCCCUAUUGCGUCAUUUGAUUUAAAAGUUGAAAAUCAUGAUAAAAUUUAUGAAUUUCUGAAGCAACAUAAUGGCCUACAUUGUUUAUUACUUUCUUUAUUUGAUUAUAAUUCAAUUCACAGAAUCAAAGAUUCUAUUAUUAAACGCUGUCAGAAUCUUUGCUCGGAUCACUCAAUUGAGAUUUUAACAAGCCUUCCAAGUCUAAUUUAUGAUUACCAAUCAAAAAGAUAUAUAUUUGUAAUAAUAGACGGAUAUGUAUGGAAAAUUAACUUUGACGAGCUUGAAUUUGAUGAGUUAGAAUUAGUAUCAAAGGAAUUCGAAGCCAAUGAUGUUACAGAAAGUUGGAAUGCAUACUUUGGAAAUGAAAACGACAACAAUGAAUACGAAGAUCCAUUCAUUCCAUGCGAGAACAUUGAUAGAUCAAAAUUAUUUCGUAAAGCAACCGUUAAAUAUGAAUCAAAGGAUAUUAAAUUGGAAAUUUAUACUAAUAUUCGAAUGACUGGAUUUAUUGGAUUACGCGUUUUCGAAAAUGAUAAUGUAAUUGAAAGAAUUAAAAAAACCAAAUGCAAAAAAACGAUAGAUAUAUACAAAGUCAAGAUAUUUAAUAGUAAAGAGAUUAUAAUACUAACAAGUAUUGGCAUUUUUAUUUUUCAUUUAAAUCAAGAUGAUCUGAUUUUAAAUCAUUUUCUCAAUAUUUGUUUGAGCGAUGUUGAGCUCAAAUGCUUGGUUGAUGAAACCUUUUGGGUUUCACAUGAAGAAACUGAUCGAUACAAUUUUUUAAAAUAUAGUGUUGAACUCAUAACUGCAAUUAGGGAACGUGAUAUAGAAUCCGUUGAUGGCAUUUAUAAGAAAUGCCUCGAUUAUUUUAAACGAGAUUUAGUAAACAACAAGGCGUUUUUAAGCAUCAUCACAAAUUCGAUAUCCUUAUUGAAUCGAUAUUAUCCUGAAUAUAUCAUAAAAUAUUCAUCGGAUACAAACAUGAUAAUAGAUUCACUUGAUUAUAACAUAGAACGGCUUAAUAUUUCACAUCUUCAUCCUUUUGAAGGUAUUAAAUUAGUUAAUUUAACCCCAUCUCUUGCGUGGACGAAAUAUAAUUAUCUUUUAAAAAGGAUCGUUGAUAAAUCAAAUGGAAUAUUACAUGGAAUCAUGUUAUUCAUUUUAAGCUGCCAAUACGUUCUAUGUGCUUAUAGUUUACCUAUUUCUUUUUUAACGUUUAAUAUUUUAGAUCGUUUUCAUAUCGUUAAUAAUAUUGUUAAAUAUGAUAUGUCUGCCUAUUUUUAUUAUAGUCUAAGUUACACUUCUUCCAAACCCACAAUUACUUUUAUGAUACCUUACAUCAAAUUUGUUAGUUAUCCGGAAGAUUAUGAUUGGAUUGAAGAAUUAUUUCAUCCUCAACCUAGUCCAUUCAUAGAAACAAUAUCUAAUAUUACGACUAAAACAACUAACGCACUUUCAAUAUUUCGACAUCAUGAUCCUGCACCUGCAACUGAAGCUGUUAUUCGUGAAUUUAAAUUAUGGAUACAAUAUGCCAAUGCCGCAUACUAUGAUGUAAAAGGUUGGGAAUGUGACGUAUGCAAAGGCGAUACGGAUGGAACUCGAUUAAUAGAAAUUUUUCCAUUUUCAUCCCAAAGGAAUAAUGGUUAUGUUGCGAUUAAUGAUGAAAAGAAAGCAAUUAUAGUAGCUUAUAGUGGUACAACUGAUGACCCAUCUUUAUUACUGGAUUAUAAAAUUGUUCAGGUUCCAUACUCUCCUUCCGUACCGAAUGCUAUGGUGCAUUCAGGUUUUAUGAUUUUUUAUCACGCGACGAAAGAAGGAAUUACUUCUUUGACUAAAAAUUUGGUCAAAGAAUAUCCUUCAUAUAAAGUUAUUACUACCGGUCAUUCUUUGGGAGGAGUUUUGGCGACGUUUCAAACUUUAGACUUAAUCGGUACUCCUGGAUUAAACCCUUCUAACCUUUUUACUUAUACUUAUGGGGAACCAAGGAGUGGUAAUAAGGAAUUCGCUCAAUUUAUUAUGAAUUCCGGUUAUAAAUUCUUUAGAUUAGUAGAUAAAGGUGACAUUAUUCCCCAUUUACCUCCUAAUUAUACUCAUUAUACUCAUUAUGGUCCUGAAUUUUGGAUGAACCCAAAAAAUGAAAUUGUCGUUUGUCAAAAGGCUGAUGAUAAAAGGUGUAGUAAUUCUAUCCUUGUUAAAAACCUUGAAGACCACGAUAUCGAUACAUAUGUUAAAGAUUUAUCCGCUAUGUAA